CGCGGGGCUGCGGCCGGGACGCGCCGGCGGCUGCGCUGCGCCGCGCUCUCCGCCCCGCCGCGGGCCCCGCGCUUCCUGAGGCGGCCCAGCGCCGGGAGGCGUGGCCGGCGCGCCCACCCCGGCGGCGGCCAUGGCCUCGGUGGUGGAGUACAAGGGGCUCAGGGCCGGCUACCACUGCGGCUACUGCGACUCCGCGGCGGGCAAGGCGUCCUGCGGCAUGUGGGCGCAUUCCAUGACAGUGCAGGACUACCAGGACCUGAUCGACCGAGGAUGGCGGAGAAGUGGGAGAUACGUGUACAAGCCUGUGAUGAAUAAAACAUGUUGUCCUCAAUACACUAUAAGGUGCCAAGCUUUACAGUUUCAGCCAUCAAAAUCUCACAAGAAGGUUUUGAAAAAAAUGUUGAAAUUUCUGGCUAAAGGGGAAAUUUCCAAAGGAAGUUGUGAGGAUGAGCCUAUGGAGCCCAGCAUGGAGGAUGCUGUUGCCGGGGACAUGGCGCUCAUCAAUAGAUUGGAUCUACAAUGUGACCUUAAACAGCUCGGCGAUAACCUCAAAGACAGCUUACAGAGGGAAGUGAAGAAGAAAGGAAAAAGCACAAAGAAAGAGGAAUCUAAGGAAUGUAUUCAGUCACAGGACAGGAACGAGGAGCAGGGCUCCGGGGAACCGUCUCACGCGGUGGAAGUGCACGCAGUUCCUAAGCCAGGCAAAGGGGCAGAUUUGAGCAAGCCUCCAUGUCGGAAAGCAAAGGAAAUCCGGAAGGAGAGGAAGAGGUUAAAGCUCAUGCAGCAGAGCCAGGCCGGAGAGCCUGACGGCUUCCAGGCUCCACGGGAACCAAAGACCAAACCCAACCAGCCCAAAUCGCUGGAAGAGUUAAUUUUUGAAUCUUUACCAGAGGAUGCGUCACAUAAGUUAGAGGUGAGGGUGGUGAGAUCAUCUCCACCAAGUUCUCAGUUCAAAGCCACAAUGCUGGAGUCGUACCAGGUCUAUAAACGAUACCAGAUGGUUAUUCACAACCACUCACCUGAUGAACCAACUGUCAGCCAGGUGAGGUUAGUGCCUGUCUCCUUUGAGGACCCAGAGUUCAAGUCGUCCCUCAGCCAGUCGUUUUCUUUGUAUGUCAAGUAUCAAAUGGCCAUACACCAGGAUCCGCCCGAGGAGUGUGGGAAGACCGAGUUCACAGGAUUCCUUUGCACCUCACCGUUGGAGCCAGAGAAUCCCCCGAAUGGACCCGACUGUGGCUAUGGCUCCUUUCACCAGCAGUACUGGCUGGACGGGAAGAUCAUCGCAGUGGGGGUGAUUGACAUCCUUCCCUACUGUGUGUCGUCUGUGUAUUUGUACUAUGAUCCUGAUUAUUCGUUUCUGUCCUUGGGUGUCUACUCGGCACUACGAGAAAUUGCUUUCACUAGGCAACUUCAUGAAAAAGCAUCUCAGCUCAGCUAUUAUUAUAUGGGUUUCUACAUUCAUUCAUGUCCCAAGAUGAAAUAUAAGGGUCAUUACAGACCUUCUGACUUGCUGUGUCCUGAGACCUACGUGUGGGUGCCCAUCGAGCAGUGCCUGCCUUCCCUGGAGAACUCCAAGUACUGCCGUUUCAACCAGGACCCUGAAGCAGCGGAUGAAGGUGGCAGCACGGACCCCGACCGGCUGCAGGUGCUGUACAAGAAGUCCAUCCUGCCGUACGGCGUGUUCAAGCGGCAGCAGCGGGAGCCGGGCGAGGAGGCCGCCGUGCUGCAGUACGCCCGCCUCGUGGGCCAGGCCUGCUCCGAGCGGAUGCUGCUCUUCCGCAGCUGAGCCGCCCGGCCGCCCGCCCCACGCCGCGCAGGCUCCCGGGCCGCCCCGCGGCUUCCUUACUCCGACUCUCGUACGGCUUUUGUGAACUCUUUUGUGGCAAUGUGUUUGUGGAAACCUCAUGGUUAAUUUAAAGACUUAAAAAAUAUGUUAUGACCUAGCUCCAUAAUUGAGAUUUAUAAUCUCGAAAGUUUGUUUUAUGAACAAGACAUGGUAAACUUCUCUCACUGUCAGUAUUUUAGAAAGUAAAGUCAAUCCGUGAAUCAUAAGUAAUGUUAAUUGCAGCUGUGCCUUUUUCUGUUAGAAUUCAAAGCAGACUGUGUCCUUGGAUCCAUUUAAAACGUUAGUUUACGCUAAAAGACAGACAAAACCCUUCCGUGUGGGGAAGAGGUGGGCGUGCUUCUCGCUUAGAAAUGUCUCAGGAGAAGAACUGCUGUUGGUUUCCAGCAUUGUCACUGCGAGUGUCUCAGUGGGGUCAGGAGGGAGCGGGGAGGCAGGUGCGAGGUUGAACAGGUGUUUUGGGCCGGGUCUGUUUACCCCGCGGUCCUGCUCAUUGCCGGACUGGCGUGAUGUCUUCCUGGAAGUUGUUGCGAGUGCUCCCCUCACUCUCCAGGCGUCCCUGUUGGGUUUACCGUGGGUCCAUCAUUGGCUCUGUUUGUAAACGUUUAAGAAGUGAGUUUCUAAAGAAAAACGUGGGCUCCUGCCUUCACUGGCUGUUCAUGCCUCAGGACCGAUAAUGCUCGUCUUUGGCUCUUGAUUGAGAAUUGGUUCCUGUCCGAAUGCGUUCAUCGCUCAUCACUGUGGCACAGCCCCAUUUCAUUACGAGGAACCAUUGACCUCCGCUCCAGGGUGGGUGACACUAUGGCUCGCCCUUCGGGGUGUCACCGGGGAUGCCCCGCUGGCCACUGAAGUGAAGGCGCCCCUGCCCCUCCCACUUCCUUUUGUUUAAGCAAAUGCCCCUGUGGCCACGGUCAGGGUGGCUGCUGAGGACGAGGGCAGUCAGCUGUGGGAGCUCCAGGAUAGGUGGUUUUCUCGGUGCUCUCCGCUGACCCCUCGGUCCUGGCAGCCCUAUUCUGCCUUGGGUCUGUGUUGUGUUGUGGGAGCCUUUUGAAAAUUGUGCUGUAAAGUGCAGUCGGCUGACUCUCACUGCUGCCUUUACAUGUUUCUUCUACACGCAGUGAGUUCAGAUCAAACAUACAAUAAUUUCAGCCAGUUAGAGCAAAAAGGGGGCUCAUAAAACAAUGUUUUUGAAGUCAGGUGUCUAGAAAUUGAACGUCCAGGUAAACUGCAUAUCCACUCAGUGCAGCACCGCCGGCCGUGCGCGGUACCACCUGCUGUAUGCGGCCACGGCCACCGGGGACAGUGGUGAGCAAGCCGUGCCCUCUGAGAGCAGGGAUUUCACGUCCUUCUGGAAUUCCCCAAAACAGUCUCCAAGGGCAUUCGAUGGGCUCUUACUUGUAGCUGCCUUCAGAAUCUAUAGAAAAUUGUUUGUCUCUCGCCCUCUGAAGUGAAAGUAGCCUAAUUUUUCUUGUGAUUAUGAAAGUGAUACUGUGAGCAAUUAAAACAUUAAGGAAAACAUAAUUGAGAGUAAAAGUAAUCUGAAGUCCUGCCAUACAGAGAAAGAUUUGUCCUGUGCGCACACAUAACUUGAACAUAAAUAGGAUCCUGUCUGAUGCUGUGUUCUCCCAGGUUGUGGGCCUCGGAAGCUGGAGUUUACGGUGGGAUUCGGAAGUGGUGUGAGUGCUCCGGGGUGAGGGCAGGGACGUCCUCGGAGCCCUGGGCACUCGAUGUCAGGUCUGGUCGUCGGCCGCCUCCAUCCGAGUAGUUGGCAAGUAGAAUGCUGUUCGCAAAGACAACACGAGUGUCCGUGAGGAGAGAGCCUGAAUCUGGGCACAAGCUGUUUCUGCAGGGUUCCCAGGAGGCUCCUCCGGGGGGCGCCCCCCCCCCCCCCCCCCCCCCCCCGCUGGUCUGCCUGCGGGACCCAGGCUGACCCUGCGGGGGCGCUGUGGCUCCAGGGAGGCCCCGAGGGCCGGGCAUGAAGAUAUGCUGGAUUGCUCACGUCACGUGUUGGGGUUUUGUUUGCUUGUUUGUGAGAACAGAUAGCAGUGUCCUGAUCCCCGUGAGCAGUUUCUUGAGCAGCAGCCAUGUGUUGGUUUGCGUCCGGCUGCGUGCUGGUGGUGGCUGGAAGGCGAGGGCGGUCGCGGCCAGUGGCCGCCUUGUCAGGAGAUGCACAGCCCAGCUGAGAACUGCUCUCACGCCCUGGAUUCCCCAAAAGACAGAACCUGUCAAAGCUGGUGGCUCUGGUCACACCCACCGUCCUGUCUUGGGCAGAAGGUUCUAGAGGUUCCCCAUAACCAUCGUUCUUCACAUUAGUUCUGUUCUGUGGACACUUUUGUUCGCUUAUCUUUACAGAGUGUAACCUGAGCACUUUUGACAUUCUAGAAUAUAGAGGUUAUUAGAUAAAUAUUUUAUCAUUUGAUUAAAAUUAGAUAAGGAAUUACUGUUCAUUUUACUUUCCAACAAGCAUAUCCUAUUUUUUAAUCUAUUUUGCAAAAUAUCAGUUGUGUAUGGUUGCUUGACAUAGUGGAAUCUGUUAUGUAAAUGAACCUUUUCAGGUUUUGAAGGAUGUAUGGUUUGGUUUUAUACGCUUUCUAUUAUUUCCGUGUGAAUAAAGGUGAAAAAGAAUAUGA